CAGAGCAGCGGAGCAGGAAGCCGUGUCGGCGGCUCGCGGUGACUUCUGCCUGCGCUCUGGCUCCGGGAGCUCAGUUAGGAGGAGACGCCGACGAUGAAGACACCAUGGAAGGUUCUCCUGGGACUGCUGGGUGCUGCUGUGCUUGUCGUCGUCGUCACCGUGCCUGUGGUUCUGCUGAACAAAGGAACAGAUGAUGCUGCAGCUGACAGUCGCAGAACUUAUACUCUAAAUGAUUACUUAAAAAAUACUCUUAGAACGAAGCUCUACUCCUUGCGGUGGGUUUCAGAUUAUGAAUAUCUCUACAAACAAGAAAAUAAUCUCUUGCUAUUCAAUGCUGAAUAUGGAAACAGCUCCAUUUUCUUGGAGAACAGUACAUUUGAGGAGUUUGGACAUACUAUAAAUGAUUAUUCAGUAUCUCCUGAUGGACAGUUUCUUCUCCUAGAAUACAACUAUGUAAAGCAAUGGAGGUAUUCCUACACAGCUUCAUAUGACAUUUAUGACUUAAAUAAAAGGCAACUGAUUACAGAAGAGAAAAUUCCAAGCAAUACACAGUGGAUCACAUGGUCACCAGAGGGUCAUAAGUUGGCAUAUGUUUGGAAAAAUGAUAUUUAUAUUAAAAAUGAACCAAAUUUACCAAGUCAAAGGAUCACGUGGACUGGGGAAGAAGAUAAAAUAUAUAAUGGAAUAACUGACUGGGUGUAUGAAGAGGAAGUCUUCAGUGCCUACUCUGCUCUGUGGUGGUCUCCGAACGGUACUUUUUUAGCAUAUGCCCAAUUUAACGACACAGAAGUUCCACUUAUUGAAUACUCCUUCUAUUCUGAUGAGUCACUGCAGUACCCAAAGACUGUACAGGUCCCAUAUCCAAAGGCAGGAGCUGUGAAUCCAACUGUAAAGUUCUUUGUUGUAAAUACAGACACUCUCAGCCCAAACACCAAUGCAACUUCCAUACAAAUCACUGCUCCUGCUUCUAUAUUGAUAGGGGAUCACUAUUUGUGUGAUGUCACAUGGGCCACACAAGAAAGGAUUUCUUUGCAGUGGCUCAGGAGAAUUCAAAACUAUUCAGUCAUGGAUAUCUGUGACUAUGAUGAGUCCACUGGAAGAUGGAAUUGCUUAGAGGCACGGCAGCACAUCGAAAUGAGCGCUACUGGCUGGGUUGGCAGAUUUAGUCCUUCAGAACCUCAUUUUACUUCUGACGGUAACAGCUUCUACAAGAUCAUCAGCAAUGAAGAGGGUUACAAACACAUUUGCCAUUUCCAAAUAGAUAGCGAAAACUGCACAUUUAUUACAAAAGGAGCUUGGGAAGUCAUUGGGAUAGAAGAACUUACCAGCGAUUAUCUAUACUACAUUAGUAAUGAAUAUAAUGGAAUGCCAGGAGGAAGAAAUCUUUAUAAAAUCCAACUGAAUGACACAAAAGUGACGUGCCUUAGUUGUGAGCUGAAUCCAGAAAGGUGUCAGUACUAUUCUGUGUCGUUUAGUAAAGAGGCAAAGUAUUAUCAACUGAUAUGUUUGGGCCCUGGUCUGCCCCUUUAUACUCUACAUAGCAGCUUGAGUGAUAAAGAACUAAGAGUCCUGGAAGACAAUUCAGCUUUGGAUAAGAUGCUGCAGGAUGUCCAGAUGCCCUCAAAGAAAGUGGACUUCAUUAUUUUGAAUGGAACUAAAUUUUGGUAUCAGAUGAUCUUGCCUCCCCAUUUUGAUAAAUCCAAGAAAUAUCCUCUACUAUUAGAAGUAUAUGCAGGCCCUUGUAGUCAAAAAGCCAACGCUGCCUUCACACUCAGCUGGGCCACUUACCUUGCAAGCACAGAACACGUUAUUGUAGCGAGCUUUGACGGCAGAGGAAGUGGUUACCAAGGAGACAAGAUCAUGCAUACAAUAUACAGAAGACUGGGAACGUUUGAAGUUGAAGAUCAAAUUGAAGCAGCCAGACAAUUUUCCAAAAUGGGAUUUGUGGACAAUGAACGAAUAGCCAUUUGGGGCUGGUCAUAUGGAGGGUACGUCACCUCAAUGGUCCUGGGAUCGGGAAGUGGUGUGUUCAAGUGUGGAAUAGCCGUGGCGCCUGUGGCACGGUGGGAGUACUAUGACUCAGUGUACACAGAACGUUACAUGGGUCUCCCAACUUCAGAUGACAACCUUGACCAUUACAAGAAUUCAACAGUCAUGAGCAGAGCUGAAAAUUUUAAACAAGUUGAGUACCUCCUUAUUCAUGGAACAGCAGAUGAUAACGUUCACUUUCAGCAGUCAGCUCAGAUCUCCAAAGCUUUGGUGGAUGCUGGAGUGGAUUUCCAGGCAAUGUGGUACACAGAUGAAGACCAUGGGAUCGCCAGCAGCACAGCACACCAACACUUAUAUACGCACAUGACCCACUUCAUAAAACAAUGCUUAUCUUUACCAUAGCACCUCAAAAUAGAAUGCCAUUUAAAACUUAUUAAAAGUAAUUUUUGUUCUCAUUAUCUCAAAACUGC